AUGGACUCGUCACCGCCGCGUGCUGCUGCUGCUACGCGCAACGGAGCCGCGUUGCCAUCCACGUCCUCCACGUCCGUGUCUGCCUUGGCUCGUCCCUCGACUUCGACAAGCACGGCUGGCACAAAGCGACCUGCACCGUCCUUGCUGCCUGCUUUCGAGCCCCUCUCGUCGUCACCGGCGCUCCCGCGUCCACUGAAACGCCAACACACGGGAGACGCAAACCUCAAGUAUCCUACGCCCGUGCCCACGUCCAGCACAGGCUUCUUGUCCAGCUCGCCGCCUCGCCGACCUGCUCUGGUCCGCGCCUCCUCCGAACGCGCCCCUCUGUCGGCCGUGCCGGCUGUUGAGCUUCCUGAGAAUGGGGAAACCGUAGGUAUGGGCCGGUCGUCUAACUCGUCCCAGUUCCAACUUUCUGCCAACCGCCUCGUGUCGCGUGUUCACGUCAAGGCCCGUUACGUCCCGGCUCCAAGCCCUCUGGAAACCAGCAAGAUCGAGGUUGUCUGCAACGGCUGGAACGGCCUGAAGCUCCACUGCCAGGGGCGCACCUGGGAGCUCUUCAAGGGCGACAGCUUCACCAGCGAGACGGAGGGCACCGACCUCAUGGUGGAUGUCUUGGAUGCUCGUGUAAUGAUCCAGUGGCCGAAACGUAGCGUCGUUACGUCUGAGAACCUGGCAAACUUGUCUGAUUCGAGCUGGGACGAUUCCCCCCCUCCAUCGCACAUGCGAGGAGCCCCGUUGCUGCAGUCGUCGCCUCUGCGAAGGACUACACGCAUCACGUCGCCCGAGAGUCCGACUCCCAUGGGCAGCCUGUCGAGCUCCCACCGACUCCAGGCCAUGCUCCCCGGAGCUGUUGGCCGCGAGGAGCGCAUUCAAAUCUACGAGGACGACGAGCCGGAGCUGCCCGAGCCCAACGCUGACGAUGCCACGGGCGUCCAUGUCAGCAUGCGGACGGAUGCGACCGCCAGCUUCUCCAGCGAGCUAAGUGAUGCCGAGGACGAGAAUGACCCCGACGAGGAAAACGACCCCAUUGUCCACUCGUUUGGUCCCUUUGGCGCCAACCUCGCAGGGAGACUGGCCUCGAUAUCGGCACGGUCUCCCAAGCAGCCCGGGCCACUCCAUCGCCGUCCUCACAACGUCUCCUCCAAUGAGACACUGAGCACCGUCGAAACGCCAUCCGUUUCUUCGUCGCCUGUCAAAAAGCCAGCCGUUGGUCCCAAGGUCGCGUCCACGCCCACGACGGCCUCGACCUCGGCCGACGAGACGCAUGACGUGCCAUCAUCACCACCCGUUGCACCUCGAGCCACCAAAGAGGACACCCCGACUCCGUCCAUCGAGGUCGACCCCGCCGUCACAAAUCAUGUCGUGAACCAGCUGGCCUUUUCUCGUCUCUCGUCGACGCCCCUGUCCACAAUCAUGCAAAACCUGCCCGCUGAACACAGGGCGGGCCUGACAAGAGAUGCGGUCCGCUCCAGCAUCGAAGGCACGCGCUGCAUUGGCAUAAUCAAGCGCCAGGGCAAGGACGCUGCCGGAAAGGCCCUCGAAAGUGAAUAUUACUAUGUCCCAGAGGAGGACGACGACGAGCAGCGCCGCGCAGCCGUCGUCGAUGGUCUCCGAAAGCCCAGUCUCCGCAACUGCAGAAAGCAGCACAAGCAAUACUACUGGAAGCGUCCCAAGACUCCGUAA